GUCUUCUUUCCCCCCCAUCUCGCGAUAUUUCCUCAAUGUCUGUGUCCUUCAUGUGAAAUCCAAAAUGGGUUAUUGGGAUCUGCAAGAGGGGAAAGAUUGUAUCGAGAAAACAUGGAUCACCACUAAAUUGGGCACAGCUCUAGGGUUGGUGGGUUCAGCCUAUCACAUUGUGGCAUUCCAGCCUGAUUCCGCAAUCCAAGCUGUUCAGAGAGCCACAAAUGGCACAGUAACCAUGGCUGCCUUGGGGGCGAUCUUUGGAAUGACCACUUGUCUAGCUGCACAGGCCCGGGAUGCUCCUGAUGAUCCGGUGAACUAUUUCCUCGGAGGCUGUGCAUCAGGAGUCUUUCUUGGAGCUCGUACUCACAGUGCAAUGACAGGCAUGACGGCAUGUAUUGGGCUGGGGACACUGGCCAUGUUCACUAAGGUGGGCAAGAUGGAGGGCUGGAGAUUAGCUGGACCACCCAGGAUGUAAACAGCCCAAGGGGGAGACUAUAUAUUGACAUGUAUAUUGUAUAUUAAAUAUUCCUUGAAUAAACUUGUGUAAAAGAG